UUUUACCAAACGACCACUGACAUUAAUGCUCUUCAUCGCUGCGCUUUCGUUCGGCUUUCGAAAUAGAAGACAUGGCUAUCUCGUCUUCGUCAAUGUUCGUGUGGUCAGGAAUCAAGGCGGUUCGUUAGCAGUUGUAGUGAAAAUGGUUUAUUCGACGGAUCUCAUUCUGAGUUCGUUGUUGUUUCGAUAUGAAGAGUGAA